ACAUGCGUAUAGUGAGAGAUAACAGCAAAUACGUUACCGGGAAUAUUACAAUGUCGUUAUCGUUCGACGGAGAUUCCAAGCUGAUUAUUUAAUGCCGGCGCCGGAGUUGCUGAAUUACCGGCGAUUGUUCUUGCUUGUAACGAAAUGAAAAACAGAAAGCAACGCCAUGAGACGGCGGCGGUGUUUAUCGGACUUCCGAUCAUUUUACUAUUCCGUCGACGCCGUCGCAUUUAUCACCUCCUCCCUUUUCUCUCAGCUUUAUCCGGCGCUUUUCUUCUUUUAUUUACGUUUCUCUCUUAUCUCUCACCUCCUAUUAAUAGCCGCCAUCUUCACUUUAUCAGCCGCAGCUCGUUUAAUAACGGAACGGAGUUUCGAAAGAAACUACUAGAAGAACAAGUGUUUCGGGUUCCGAUGGGUGGAGGGAGCUUAAGCAGCCGAGACCUGUGGAAUUCGAAGAAAUCGAAUUUCUACCAUGGUUGCAGUGUUGCCACUGACCAGUUUUCAACUGCUGAGGUGAAUACACUUCCUAAUAGGUACUUAUUGAUAGCAACAAGUGGAGGCUUGAAUCAACAGAGAACAGGGAUUAUUGAUGCUGUUGUCGCAGCUCAUAUCUUGAAUGCCAUCCUUGUAAUUCCAAAGCUGGACCAAGAAUCUUAUUGGAAUGAUUCAAGUGACUUCUCCGAAAUUUUUGAUGUCAACUGGUUUAUUUCAUACCUCUCAAAAGAUGUCAAAAUUAUUAAGGAUCUCCCAAGAAUGGGAAAUAAACUCAUUAAACCGCACACAACACGUGUUCCAAGGAAGUGCAACGCUAAGUGUUAUCAGACUCGUAUCCAGCCCAUUUUAAUUAAAAAACAUGCUGUUCAGUUAACAAAAUUUGAUUACAGACUCUCCAAUCGUUUGGAUACAGAGCUACAGAAGCUGAGAUGUAGAGUCAACUAUCAUGCAUUGAAGUUUACUGAUCCCAUAAUUGAAAUGGGAAGAAAAUUGGUUGAAAGGAUAAGAAAGAACAGCAAGCAUUUCCUUGCGCUACAUCUAAGGUUUGAAUCAGAUAUGCUAGCAUUCUCAGGAUGCUAUUAUGGUGGAGGAGAAAAGGAAAGGCUAGAACUGGGUAAAAUACGAAAGAGGUGGAAGACAUUACAUUCAAGAAAUCCAGAUAAAGAAAGAAGGAAUGGAAAAUGUCCUCUAACUCCUGAGGAAGUCGGCCUUAUGCUUAGAGCACUUGGUUUUGGUAAUGAUGUUCAUAUUUAUAUCGCAUCAGGGGAAAUCUAUGGGGGUGAGGAGACAUUGGCUCCUCUUAAGGCUUUCUUUCCAAAUUUUUACACCAAAGAGACACUUGCCAGCAAGGAGGAGCUGGCACCGUUCUCUUCCUUUUCUUCCAGAAUGGCUGCUUUGGAUUUCAUUGUUUGCGAUGAGAGUGAUGUUUUUGUAUCAAAUAACAAUGGCAAUAUGGCAAGAAUGCUUGCUGGACGAAGGAGAUAUUUUGGUCACAAGCCAACUAUCCGUCCAAAUGCUAAGAAGCUAUAUAAGUUGUUUAUGGAUCGAAAUAACAUGACGUGGGAAGAGUUUGCCUCACAUGUUCAAAAUUAUCAAAUAGGUUUCAUGGGAGAUCCAAUGGAGGUAAAACAAGGGAGGGGCGAGUUUCAUGAAAAUCCAUCAGCUUGCAUUUGUGAAGAGUCCAAUGACAAGCCGAAAGAAGAUAUAAAUAUUCCUGGAAAUCAUGCAAUGAAUUUUGAAAAGGGCACUGAUUCUGCUGAUGAUGGUGCUUGGCGAUCUUUUGGUGAAGUGACUGAUGGUCAGAUUAGUGAAGACGAGCAUGAUUGGUUUGAUACAGACUAUAUGGAAAAUGAAGUUGGAAUUCAAAGAAGAGUAUUUCCUAAACACAUGGAGGCAGACUCUAGCCAACUUUUCUUUAGCACAGAACCACCAGAAUUGGAAGAGAUAUUCUCAGAUUAAAAAGUAGUUGCAGCUUGCAUUGAGAAGAAUUGUGGCACGAACGAGUUCUGUCUUGUGACGAACUUUUAGAAAUUCGCUCAUUGUGACUGUUGGCUUCAAUUGAUUGAUACAAACAUAAUAUCUAGGGGUAGAAAAUUUGUACAUAAGGCCAGCUGAAGAUCAUCGAUAUCUUGUUUCUCCGUUUAUGCUAGUCAAGGUGCAGUAUUAAGGGCAGGAGGUUCGCGUUACGCUUGUACAGCACAUGUUGGAGGACUAAUACUGUACAGAUUUAUUCUUGGAUAGACUGAAGUGGGUGGAUCAUUGAAUAUGGAAAGAAAUGCUUUGAGGUUUGUUCUGUUGGCGUAUUCUGUUUUAGAUUCAUUUUUACUUCUGUUUUCUUUAAAAUGGAAGGAGGAAACAAAUGAAUUGUAUAGUGCAACUCCAGAAGAGUGUAUUCUUGUUUACCCUGGAAU